UUAUCAGCGCUUUGGACGAAUCACCGAAUGUUGUUGGAUGUGAAUAUGUGUUUUUCGUUUUGUUCCUGAUCUGCUAGAUACAUUUUGAAAAGACUUAUCCAAUAUUUCUAUAUCGUUGAUUCAUCUUCAAAAUGGAUCAAGAAAGUCCAAUUGAAGAGCUAAACAGGUUCAGGCAGUAUGAAUCCACUCUAGACAACUUGGAGAUACCACUAAGGCCCGAAAACAGAAGGCGCACUGAUAAAAAAUAUGUUGUUACAUUCAUCACACUCGUCGUGAUCUUGAUACCUUUUAUGAUUUAUACCUUAAACCACGCUGAUUUCAAACACUUGGCUGGUUCAGAUGACUGCGGCAACUUCUGUGGUUAUAAAAAUGAAAAAUACGAUGAAUGGAAUUGUACAGGACAAGAUUUCACGGAAAAAAAGUAUCUGGCGACGUAUCAAAAAAUACGUAAUGAUUAUUUACCUACCUCCGUUUUUCACCAUAAAAUAUGUGUAGAAAAAUGUCCACCUGGAAAUAUACCAGGAUUUGAAGAAGUUUCUUGUGAGGACAACUUGAACAAGAGCGACGCUGCAGAAUACGAAAAAAUCAUAAAUGGUGUAGAGGAAGCGUGGUGGGUCAUCGUGCUUUCCGUGAUCAUAACCUGUUCAUUAUGCUUCGGAAUGAUCCUGCUCUUCAGGUAUGCAGUAGAUUACACCGUCUGGGGUCUUCUUAUAGGUUCAAUCGGAGUUCUGAUGAUAUUCGCUGGUCGCUUAUGGAUGAUUUAUUUUUAUUACCCGAGUACGUCAGAUGAAGCCCAUCAGUAUUUAAUUUAUGCUGGUGGCUUAAGCAUAUUCGUGCUUUUUUUAAUCGUUCUCGUCUCUUGUAUGAUUGAGAGAGUGAAGCUCAUCAUUGAGUUGUUCAAAGAGGCCUCCAAAGCUAUUUUUGAAAUUCCGGGCCUGAUCCACUUGCCCGUUCUGACAUUCGCAGCAGUAGCCUUAACAAUGAUUGUGCUUGUCGUUCUCACUUUGUAUUCGUUCACUGCCAGUGUUCUCAUGGAAAUACGUCCAAAUCAGUUGGAUUAUGAACUGAAUGGAGCGAUCCUAUUUACGAUACUCUACAAUAUAUUCGUUUGCACAUGGUUCAUGCAAUUCAUGGUUAGUGCUCAAUAUAUGAUAAUUGCCGGUGCCAUAUCAGCUUGGUUCUUCACCAGGAAUAAAAAUUAUUUGGACUCUCCCUUGUGGACAUCCUUCGUGAAUUUCAUCAAAUUCCACUUGGGCACUGUACUCAUCGGAUCUUUAAUAUUGACUAUUGUCAAGAUCAUUCGCAUGAUCCUGAGAGCACUAUCUUCUAAUAAUAGAACCAGAUGGUUGGUUGAAUGCUGCUGCGGCGAGUUGAUAGCUUUCUUGAAGCUGUUUUCUAAUAAUGCUUACAUCCAAACCGCAAUGCAUGGUCAGUCAUUCUUCAAAUCUGGAAAACGUGCAGUUAUGUUACUGGUAUCUAACGCAGAAAACGUUGUUGCUAUCAACUCCAUAGGAAGCUUCGUGCUGGUCAUAGCACAAUUUGUAAUCAUGGUUGUUGGAGGUGUUAUUGCAUUGUGGAUCGCUUCGGCCUCUGGGAAUCCUCAUCAAGCUUAUAAUGUUGGUGCCAUAUGCUGUAUUCUUACUAUUUGUAUAGUAAUAAUAUUUUUCAAUAUUUUCGAGGCCACAAUAGAUUCAAUCUUUAUGUGCUUCUGCGAAGAUACUCUGAUCAAUGAUGGAAUGGCCAGGCCUUUCUUCAUGAGCAAGGGGCUUCAUCAGUUCAUUCAAAACUGCAAGGGAGUCAUUCCUGCCAAGAAAUGAAUGAACAUUUACAUCUAGGUUCACAUAUGAAAGAUGAUCGAAUAAGGGGCAUUUUAUUUUGCGUCUAGUAAUUGGAUUUUGACUCAAUAUUUUUAUAUUUUGGUUUUUCUGUCUCAAUAAUGUACACUUUUGUAUUUUUAUAAUGGAAAUAUAUAUGUAUUUGAGUUCAA